GGCUGACCUGACUUUCACAUACUCCCUUGCCCUUCUAACCUGUCCUUCUAACUUAUAUAUUUCCAUGAUAUAACGACAAGCUUGACCUUUCUGGAACACUCACGGCUUAUAUCCACCUUCGAGCCAUUGCUUAAGAGCUACCAACGAACAGACGCAUUCGACACCGAGCUCCAACCUCCAUGCGAGCUUCCUAAAGUCUACAAUAACCAGAACCCCAAGAAUCACUCCACCUCUACGCAUCAAGCUCGACUCUACACGACCAUGUCUCCCUCCGCAGUGCCUGACGCCAAGAGCGGCGCACCUAACCAGGGUCUGUCCGCCGAACAACUCCAAUCAUUCCGCGAGAACGGCUACCUCAUCAUCCCCGACGCGCUGGACCCUGCUACCGUCAAGGCUCUCCUUUCCGAAACGAAUUCCAUGCUCGAGGGUUUCUCGCUGGCCGAGCACCCCAUGACCAAGUUCUCCACGGGCGAAGGCGGCGCAGCGCAUGUCGGGGACGAUUACUUCCUGGAAAGCGGCGACAAGAUACGGUUUUUCUUCGAGGAGGAUGCAUUUGACCCACAAACCUCGACGUUAAUCAAGCCCAAACACCGCGCCAUCAAUAAAAUCGGACACUACCUGCACGCGCUCUCUGAACCGUUCGCACAAGCCUCCGUGACGUCACGGAACGCAGGCAUUGCGCGAUCCCUGGGCUUCCGCGACCCGCGUAUCCUGCAGAGCAUGGUGAUUUGCAAACAGCCCGAGAUUGGCGGCCGCGUGCCGCCGCACCAGGACAGUACGUUUCUGUACACGAACCCGCCGAGCGCAGUGGGGUUCUGGUACGCGCUGGAAGACUGCACGAGUUCGAAUGGAUGCUUGAGUUUUGCGAAAGGAAGCCAUAAGCGCGCGCCCAUCACGCAGCGGUUUGUCAGGACGAGGACAGACACGGGCACAGGCACAGGGACGGGGUUUGAAGAUGUGGAGGAGGAGGAGGAGGAGGAGGAGGAGGAGGAGGUAUAUACCAUGGGAGAAGUCAAGGCGGGCUCGCUGGUGCUGAUCCAUGGUAAUAUUCUGCAUAAGAGCGAGAAGAACACGAGUCCGAAGAGCCGGUUCAUAUAUACGUUCCAUGUGAUUGAGGGGGAGUAUGAUUAUGAUGCGAAGAAUUGGUUACAGCCGCCGCAAGAAGGGUUUACGAAAUUAUAA